AUGGGCGUCGUUGCUCCUUUGUUAGUGUUGGGAUUGUCUUCAGUAUUAGCUGAUGAAAUAUUUCCUCAUCGUAUUCAUUGUGCACUGCCAAAUUGCAACCUACCUUGUCGGAUAAAUUUAAACGCUAAGCCAUGUCCAAGAUGUGAAUGCUCUCCCACUUUACCUAAUAUUCAAUGUUCUGAACCGAAAUGCAAUAGGCCUUGUAAUACGCCUUGUCCGAGUUGCGAAUGUCGCAUCCCUCCUCAGCUCCAAUGUUCGCUGCCAAAAUGUGAUCCACCUUGUAGAAUCAACCAUGCCACCAAGCCUUGCCCGAUCUGCGAGUGUCACAGCCCACCUGAAUUCCAUUGUUCCAUGCCCAAAUGCAAUCGUGAUUGCAAAGCGAAUUUUUCUACAAAACCUUGUCCAAGUUGUGAUUGUACAGUUUCUGACCAUGUAGUGGCGUAUUACUGA